CAACAUCCUUCUCAGAACCGACGGCUCUGUCAAGCUGGCUGACUCUGGCCUCUUUGCUCAGCUCAUCCCUGAGCAGAGUCGACGGAGCUCAGUGGCCGGCACUUCUGGGUGGAUGGCGCCUGAAGUGGCGACAGGUCAACCAUGUGGCCCCAAAGUGGACAUAUGGUCUCUUGGAAUCGUGGGCAUCGAAAUGGUGGAACGAGAAGUUCCUUACCAGUAUGAAACUCCUGUUUCGGCUCAACUCCUGAUAGCCACAGGAGGGAGACCAAAGCUGCGGCAGCCCAACCUAUUUUCACCUUGCCUGCGUGACUUCCUGAGCUGCUGCCUGCAGACAGAUGAGGCACGGCGCUGGUCUGCCAAGGAGCUCCUGCAGCAUCCAUUUGUAACACUUGCUGAGCCUGCGUCCAGCCUGGUGCCACUGAUUGUUUCAGUGAAGAAGAGGAAGGAGACAAGAAUGUGAUAAUCACAUCAGGACCAUUACCAUUGACUUAGAGUAGGAUUGUAGGUUAGGGUUAG